AUGAACUCAGACAAUUUUUCCACAGCCCUACCAGUCACACGCAAUGAACCGAACGAGGAUUCAGGAUACGCUUCUCUAGAACCUUCGCCUCCGCCGAAUAGUUCGAAGUCCCUUACGGAUCGUGCCAUUGCAAAAGGGAAAAGUAUAAUGCCUAACUACAUUCGAAAGCCUAAAAAACUGCGACCGUAUGAUAAACCAAUCCCGCAGCUGACAUGGGAUCGUUUUUCAGAUCUGCGUGAGCAAUACGCAGAAAGUCUUAAUAGCUUAACACGCGGUCUGCCCAAUUGCACCUCGAUUCUGAUGACUUUGCAGGUCUUGGGAGAGAAUGAAGAGAGCGCAGAACCUUGGGUAUUCAUUCAAUGUAACAAGGCAGUUGUCGGAAAGAUUACCAGAUUUUUUCAGAGAAGUGCGAUUAGGCGUGAUUUCGAACCAUCUCAGCCAGAUGAUCGUUUUCCCCGUUUGAGGGUACACAUUUACCCACAGAAGCCGAGGCCGCUCGUCAAUACCGCGAAUGCGCCUCCACAAUUUGAUUCCCCGGCGAUUUCAGAAGGAAACGAAAUAUAUGUGUUAAAGGUAUUCGCAUGGGGUGCGCCUGGCCACCAUGGGGGCUUUAUCAAGACGAUUGACUCAGGAAAUCUGGAAACAAUUUAUGGAAUGACUGCAGGUCAUUUCGUCUUUGAAGAGUUGUAUGAUGACGCCGAAUAUUCUCCAGUGAGCGAUUACGACGGCGAAUAUGAAGAGGAUGUGGAAUCUUUCGAAUUCGAAUUAGGUUUUAUCGAAGCUAAUUCAGAGGAUGAGAAUGAUCUACAUGUUUUGAAUAAAAGUGGAAUUGAAAUUGAUGAGGAGGUGAACAUGAACGAAUGGUCAAGAUUGGGAAAGCUUUCAAUGGCCUCCCAUAAUCUCUUCACAGAUGAAGGCAAUCUUGAUUGGGGAUUGAUCACUAUCGACAAAAACUCUUACAGCCCCCCAAAUGCCGCAUUCAAUCCAUAUCCAACACGAUCCCAAUCUAGAGGGGGACAGUCCUCAGUACAAAUGAGUUCUACCCGAGGGCCACUCAAUGGGAUUUUACAUGGCUCCUGGUCGUAUAUAAUGCUCCCUCCAGGCAAGGUGUUGGUCCAAACACGUCUUCUAUCACUUUCAGACGGUAAGAAGCUUCAUGUUGGUGAUAGCGGUGCGUGGAUCGUUGAUUCAUCAAGUUUCCUACGGGUGUAUGGCCAUGUCGUUGCUUCGGAUGUGUUAGGCCGCGGAUAUGUCGUUCCAAUACAUGACACGCUUGAAGAUAUCAAGAAAGGACUUGCACGGUUGUUCUCAAAACCCUUCUCGGUGAGUCUUGCCUACAGCAUAAACGUUCUUCGUCCAAACGAUACCGGAACAAAACAUCCGCCGAAGGGGCCAAUGAAAGGUGUUGAAGAUCACGGUGACGCGGAUGGAAAACAUGUUCCAUUACCUUCUAGGUUUAGUGAAGCAGACUCCAAGUAUUCAACGAUGGAACCAACGCCAAGCCCGCCACGGCCGGGUAAAUCUCCAAGACCUGAAUUACAGCCACCAACCGUUGCAAAGAAACAGUCAGACGCUGAGUCCUUCAAGGCUUUAACUCCCUCGCCAAAUAUUGCAGCAGCAUAUAGUAGAGGGUAUCCUGGUCAGCUCAGUAUGGACAAAGAAGAACAGGAGCUAGAGAAAGCCCUUUUGAAAUGCGAGAAGAGAUAUGACGAAAGGGAGAUUGAGUUAUUAGAAGCAGGAGAGGAUACUGACCACAAUAAAGAUUUGAAAAAUCUCGAACACGCCCGCGAUAUUGCCUCGAGAUAUUAUCUCAUAAGGAAAGCCGAGUUGCGUAAUGAUACGAAACUUGCAGCUCAGCUCAAGAUGGAACUUGAGAAUCUUCCAGGGUACGGAGACUAUAUUAUCUCGUCUAAGUCGGAUACCUACGGGUCGCACGAGUUGCCAAGUGCUCAUGAGAUCAAACAUCGUGCAGGCAAAAAGAUUCCAGAAGGCGAAAUCGGUGAAGGAAAGGGGUCGAUAUGA